AUGGAGUGUUUAAACUGCGACCUCGAACAUAAUUAUAUCCCUUUCAUCCGGACCACCAUCAUCGAUGGCAAAACUUCGACAGUCACCUACGAGGGUUGGGCGGGAGGUUUGCCAGCAGUACCGGCAAGGUCGACAUCUUCAACUCCUAGAUCGACGUCGGUUAAAUCAACAACAGCCCGCGGUGAGCCUCCUGCCUUCAAACCAUCUUCCUCUAUUGCCAGCUACACUCCAUCCCCCUACUCAUCGACCAUACCGCAAUCAACUACAAUUACAACCAUAGCCACCACCACCUUCUUAACCUCAGCGACAUCUACCACCACUUCCACCGAGGUUUUAUCAUUAACAAGCACCCAAACAACGUUACCUUCCCAAUCACCACAUUCAACACCCCACAGUUAUGGUCUCCCAGAGGCCGCAAAAGCAAUGAUCGGCAUCGGCGCCGUCUCAGCUGUGAUUCUCGCCGGGUUCCUAUCAUGGCUAUAUCUGCGGCACAAAAGGCUCCAAAAAGCAGCCCGCCAGCGGAGAAGCGACCCAUUUCCUUGGCUAGCAGGUCUACCAGAAGGCGACGAUGACAGGCUUCGAAAGCCUCACGAGCUUCAGGUCCUCUCACCGCGGAUCAAGGCAGCGGUAGAGCUUGGGCUCGACGGACAGAAGUAUGAAUUGCCUGGCUCGAGGACGUGGAAGAUCUCGCGACGUCCUGAGGUGGAUGGCUUCUUUUAG